GUGACACCUGCUGCUACUCUGAGAACUCCGAAGUGUUCAAAAACACUCAAAUGUGAGCUGCUGUAAUGCUCUCACAUGCCUUAUGAUCACAUUACUCCUUCCUGUGAGUCAUGUGACUUAUUCUGGCUGGCAGCAUAUGGCUCUCUUGUGUAACAGUGCUGACAAAGAGUGAUCCCGUCGCUUGGUCUCUCUAAUGAAGUGUGACCUCCUCUGGGCUGGCUUUUCAUUAACUCAUACCUGCUGAAUUGCCUGAGCACUUUCCCUUUGGUGCCUUGAACUUGAUUACAAGAAAAAAAAAAAUCAUCUGAGUGUCUGUCGUGUGUUGGAACCCCCCUUUGUGUUUUCCUGCCUCCCCUCCCUCCUCUUCCUUUCCUCCUCAGUAUGCUCCCUGCUCUAUAUGUGGCUCUGGAGCCGUUUAGGAAUCCAGUCCAAAUGUUUUCCAUAUUAGUUCAGAGCCGUCUCCGUUUCCAAAUAGCAGCCGAGCCGGGCUCCUGGUGAGAGGAGGCAGGGAGGGGAAGGGGAGAGACGCAGACGGCAGGCAGACUCACCCAGCCCAAACACUGCAACAGUAAAAGUCGUGAGGACAAACAGAGAGUACAGUGUGAAGCCAGGAGGAAGAAAUGGGACAGGGGCAGAAGGGUUCCUCAGACAAGAAGGAGGGCAAGAAGAAGAGGGAUGACAGCCCGGCGCCAGAGGACGGCCAUAAGUGCAGAGUCUGCCGUUUCCCUCUGCUCGUCGCCCUGCUCCAGCUGCUGCUGGGGGUGGCUGUCACGGCCGUGGCCUUCCUCAUGUUGGCUACCAGCCCCUCACUUUCGGCCCGGGAAACGCCUCACUGGGCUGGGAUCAUUCUGUGUUUAGUUUCCAUUGUGGGUUUCAUCCUCUACUGCGUCACCUACCUCCCCGAUGAGAGGACGUCACCACAGUUCAUUGUGAAACUCAUCUACUUCAUCCUGUGCAUGAUCGGCCUGGUCGUCUCGGUGCUGGCCACCGCUUUCGCCGGACACCACUACUCGCAGGCCAGCAGCUUCAGCUGCGAGCGGACGGGGGGAGACUGCGUGUGCACGCUGGAGCCGGAGGACCCCAUAGCCCGCACCUUCAGCUACGAGGGGGUCGGCGACUGUGAGGCGGUCACGGGGACGCUCACGCUCUACUUCCUGCUGCAGAUCGUGCUCAACCUGGUCCAGGCCCUCGUCUGCGCCGUGGGAGCCUUCAUCAUGUGGAAGCACCGCUACCAGGUCUUCUUCGCCGGCCUUCAAAUCGGAUCUCUCUCCACUCAGAAGUGGCAAAAAGUUUAAUUUGACGACAGUCGCGAUGAGAUAAACAUGAAGGCUGAUGCCACCUGAGCGAGCGCACUCAGACCGACAGGGACUUUUAGUUUUUUGGGUGUGUGCCAUAGCGUGUUUUCUUUCCCCCAGUUUGUGGUAGUUGUACAAUAACGGCUUUUUGCACAGAUUUUGUAUAAAAUAUUUGUACGUCCAGUUGUAGAUAUCAAUAACUUUAACUGAUAAAGCUGUAAAGGCAACUGGUCUAUUUCUGAGAAACUAAUAUUUUGCUUUUCAAAAUGGUCUCGACAUGUGCUCCUGUGAUUUCCAGCUUCAUACAUUUCCUAGACUGAAGAAAUCACAUCCAGAGCUCUGAAACCAAAACGGCUUCUUUGAUGCUGCUGAGAUCAAACUACUGAUUGUGUUUAAUUGCUUUAGUGUUGAUUGUACAUGGACUUUACAUGUCAUUCUGUCCUGAACUUUAGAUUCACAGGUCAAAGAGCAAAAUACAGUUGUAAAUAUUUGUAAUACACCUUCAAUAAUUAAAGG